AUGGCGCCCAGUGGUGAUACGCUGCCAUUGGCAUCCCUCCCGCUUCUCGUCAACGAUAAGUCAAUCGUGACCGAUCAGACCUUUGAGGUCAAGAAUCCAGCAACUGGGACAGUGCUGCAAAAGUGCAGCACUGCCUCUGUUGAACAUGAUGACAAAGCUGUAGGAUCGUCCCAGAAAGCGUUCACUGAUUGCAACACCCGCACUCUCUAUGAGUGA